AUGCACGACCAAGCAGCCACUCCUUUCCUUUUCAAUGAAUUCAAUGAUCAUCAUCGGGAUGUUCCGAGGAGUGCCGAAGAGGAGGAAACUCCAUCCACAAUUUCUAAAACAACAAACAAUUCAGCAGCAUCAAUGAAUCACACCGAAACGAUACAUCAUGAUCAAUCAGUGAAUUCAAUGAAACACCAUGACGAUGAGCCUCACAACACUUCUCAACACAAGAAAAAAAGAAAACAAGUGGAAAUGGUAUUCAUGAAUCAAUCCGUUAUUUACAACUCGGAAGGUAAAAAACAAAGAAACAAGACCAUCUAUUCUUCCGAUCAUCCAAAGGUAUUGGAAAGAAAAGAUCAAAUAUUACCUUUUAAAUUUUCUGUGGGACAGACCAUUCAUGUCAGUUUGCGAGAAUAUAAAUCGGAGAAGAGUAUUUCUCAUUUUGAUAAGAUUACAGUGGAACAUUUGGGAUAUACAAAUUUCAAUAAUAUGGAUGCCUCUAAAACGACAGCUAUUGAUUUUGUCAAUGUUGUUGCAUUUAAGAGAAAAUCCAAUGAUUCGAGGAUAUUGUGGAUUUAUGAACAAGUUCUGUUGGAUCAAAUAGCGGGCUCAACCUUGUUAAAUUGCUCGCCCUUGAAAAGAAAGUUGGAUUCCAUGAACGAGAGUGAUGACGGGGAUGCAGCAUGCUCAACGAGCGAGGAUCGUAUGAGUUCACGAAGCAGCAGUAAUCUUGACGAAGAAUCGACCAAGUACUCGUCGAUGCAACAAAUGUACAUGCAUCAAGAAGAGUAUGGAAAAAAGACCAAACUUGAAUCACAAUUUGGCCAUGUGAACUUGAUUUCUGUUGAUCCAGAAGAUGCUCCUUCCAAAAAACCAACCUUAUUCCAACUUUCUAUUCAAAUUGCUGAAAGCCAGCCCUAUCACUUAUUUCACCCUUUGGUCAAACAUUUCUCCAUUGAUUUUGUGGCACUGCAUGAGAAUGUAGCGUUUCAAGCCGGAGUCAUUAAUGUACAGCCUGUUUUUUCAUAUGAAAAUAUGGCAAAUAACACGAUCAUGACCAAAGACUUUAUAAUUUAUGGCAAGACGCCUCUCAUCAGCAAUUAUGACAACAUUAACACGUUUGUCAAGCUCACUAUCGACAAUGAAAUGUUUUUCACACGAAGCGACCAGAGUUAUUUGAACUUUUAUUUUUAUGGAGAGGAUAAAAGAAUGAAGAGUGCUCAAAUUAUUCAAAAUCCAAACAAGACAUCGGAAGGAUGCCAACACUAUUCUUCAAAUACUAGCACACAAGCGAGUAGCAACCGUGUGCACCAAGAAAACCCAACUGUGAAUGACCUUGUGUUGUUUGAAUUUGAUGGAAACGAGUUUUUAUUUGAGAGUGACCUGAAUCAAUGCAACACCAGGAAUAACAGUUGCAUGUUAAUGUAUGAACGAUUUGAGAGACACUCACAGCAAGUGGGGUGUGAAGAAGCUAUCAAAACUCUGCUGCACAUUCAGGACGCGUUUGGAUUCACUCUGGUCAUGCAUUUUGCAGCAAGAAACAUGGUCGAAGAGCUCAAGCUAUGCAUCGAUUGGAAGGCCAAUAUUCACCAAAAAGACAUGAUGGGAAGAAAUGCAAUGUUUUGGGCAUUACACUUCAAAGCAGAGAACACACAUGAAAUGUUAGCCAAGCACAUUGAACGACAGCAUGCUCAGAGAGACAUCAAUCAAAUCGUGCUCUCAAACCAAAUUCGACGUGGACUCUACACUGCUUCCUCACGAAUGGAAAGGAAUAUGAAAUUUUAA